AGAUUUGCAAAAUGGAAAAAGGAAGUUGGAAGUUGGAAUCGCAAGCAAAACACACCAUUUCCUUCACUGCCUCUGGGGAGCGGAAAUUGGGAGGAAACCGGUGACGGUGAAGGGGGAAAGAAAAGGAAGUGUCAACCUCGAUUGAACAUUCAACAAUCAAAGAAGAAGAGAGAAAAUGUGUGGGAUAUUCGCGUAUCUCAAUUACAACGUGAAUAGGGAGAGGAGGUACAUAUUGCAGGUCCUAUUCAAUGGUCUUCGCCGUUUGGAGUAUCGCGGUUACGAUUCCGCCGGAAUCGCCAUUGACUCUGAUCCAAAACCCGCGCCGCAAGCCUCCUCCGCUUCCGCUUCCGAUUCCGAUCCUCCUCCUAUCGUCUUUCGCCAGGAAGGCAACAUCGAGUCCCUCGUCAAAUCUGUCUACCAAGAUGUGGCUAAAUUGGAACUAAACUUGGAGGCAUCAUUUUCCACUCAUGCUGGAUUAGCACACACCCGGUGGGCCACUCAUGGAGAGCCUGCUCCCAGAAACAGUCAUCCACAGAGCUCAGGUCCCGGAAAUGAAUUCUUAGUUGUUCAUAAUGGAGUUAUCACUAACUACGAGGUUUUGAAAGAAACACUCAUCCGACAUGGAUUCAUCUUUGAAUCUGACACUGACACAGAAGUCAUUCCAAAGCUAGCAAAGUAUGUUUAUGAUCCCCCCUUUCCCUCCCUCCCUCUUCAUUUGCUAUUUUUGGCCCCUGAGAGUUAUCCCACACAGACUAAAGCAUGA